UUGAAGUUUGUCUGCCUGAGAAGAGCUUCAGUAUAUUGUCCUUUGGAUCCAGCUUUCCACUAUCACAGUUGACAAUGCUGAAACCCACAGACUCACUGGAGCUCAUAUAUUACCUAAACUGUUUAUAUAGGGAACCCAGGACAGUUGUACUCCACAAGGGAUCUACCGGCCUUGGCUUCAACAUAGUCGGGGGAGAAGAUGGUGAAGGCAUCUUUGUCUCCUUCAUCUUAUUAGGCGGACCAGCAGACCUUAGUGGAGAGUUGAGGCGGGGUGAUGAAAUCCUAUCUGUUAAUGGCAUUGACCUUCGUGGAGCCACACAUGAACAGGCAGCAGCUGCACUGAAGGGAGCCGGGCAGGUGGUCACCAUUGUUGCUCAGUACAAACCAGAAGAAUAUGGACAUUUUGAAGCCAAAAUCAAUGACCUUCGAGAACACAUGAUGAACCACAGUUUGUGCACUGAGUCAGGGUAUCUGCAAACCAAUCAGAAGAAAUCACUCUAUGUCAGGGCACUAUUUGACUAUGAGAAGUCAAAGGACAGUGGACUACCAAGCCAGGGGCUGAGUUUCAAGUAUGGUGAUAUCCUUCAUGUUACCAAUGCAUCAGAUGAUGAGUGGUGGCAAGCCUGCCGUGUCACCAGCCAUGGAGACAGCAAGGAGAUAGGAGUCAUUCCCAGCAAGAAAAGAGUGGAACGGAAGGAGCGGGCACGUCUAAAAACUGUGAAAUUUAAUGCCAGUGCAGGACUGUGUGAUUCAAAAGUGGACAUCGUGGGAAUAGGUGAUGAUGGGUAUGGGACAAGAACAUUCAGAAGUCAAGAUGAUGUAAGACUCUCCUAUGAAUACGUGCUACGCCAAGAAGUUGAUUAUGCUAGACCUGUCAUCAUUCUUGGACCCAUGAAGGACAAAAUCAAUGAAGAUCUGAUUGGCGAGUUUCCGGACAAGUUUGGUUCUUGUGUCCCACACACCACAAGGCCAAAACGGAGCUAUGAGGUUGAUGGGCAAGACUAUCUCUUCGUGAUGUCCAGAGAGCAGAUGGAGAAAGACAUCCAAGAACACAAGUUCAUAGAAGCUGGACAAUACAAUGACAAUCUUUAUGGGACCAGUGUCCAGUCCGUAAAACAUGUAGCUGAGAAGGGCAAACACUGUAUUCUGGAUGUCUCUGGAAAUGCCAUUAAACGACUUCAAGUAGCACAGUUGCAUCCAAUAGCCAUCUUGAUAAAACCUAAGUCUGCUGAUUCAUUAAUGGACAUGAAUAAGAAAUUGACUGAGGAACAAGCGAAGAAGAUAUUUGAAAAGGCUGUGAAGCUGGAGAGGGAGUUUGGCGAAUUCUUUACAGCUCUGGUUCAAGGAGACACCUUAGAUGAUAUUUAUUACAAGUCUAAACAAGUCAUUGAUGAACAUUCAGGACCCUACGUCUGGAUUCCAUCAAAUGAAAAAUUAAAAUGACUCAUGACCUUGGAAGGUAAUCCUGGCUGCUGGGAACAAGAUGCAAGCAGUCAUUUCUAAACCUCUAAAACUGUCAGUUUUACUGUUACUCUUAUUUUAUUACAUUUUUUCCCUCCAUGACUUUUUUUGUUAAUGCCACUUAAAAUAAUGUGGAUUUUCUUGUUUGUAUAUUUUU